AUGGUGAAGGCCUAUGCCCAUUGCCGACGCUUAGAUGGCGUAGAUUAUACCGGUGUCAAGUCAAGAGAGGUACCGCCCGAGAUAUGGGAGAAGAUCGCAAACUUCAUCCCACGGGACGAGCUCCUCAAGCUGUACACCGUCAACUCUGCCUUCUUAAACGUUGUGCUAAACUUGAAGUACAAACGCGUCGAUCUUUCCAAUGAACCCGAUCGACCUCAGGCUGAGCUGCGCCGCAAAUUGGAUCGACUAAGAAACCAAUUCGUUGCUGGUCGUAUUCGUUCGCUCUAUAUUCGCCCUUGGCGAAUUGAUGAAGAGCAGGCUGUGCCAACGUCAUUGCGAUCACGGGUUAAACUUGGGCUGAAGAGUCUCGUCGAUCCCGAAUUCCCUGAAUUCUACGAAAAGGAACAGUUGAAGAAGCGCAUAUUCGACGACGUGAAUGUCGUGCUAGACGCAGUCGCUGCUUGCAAACACGGAAUCACCGAGUACUCGAUUGACUGGGAUGAACAGCCUCGGUACCAUGCUGCCUUGUUCUCCCAUUUCCUCUCCCCCCUUCUGGACUUAGCCCACAACCUACAGAAACUUCAUCUGAAAGUUCCUGUGGACAGUUUUAGGGCACUUUUUCCUAUCGGGCGCAAGUUCGAGUUCCCGGAACUACGCCGACUCCAGGAGCUCACCCUUACUCUCUCCACCGGUACGCUACCGAAAGCGGAAAUAGACUACCAUCUCGACACAUUGGUCGUCUUUAUCCACAAUGUGUUCAGAACGCUCAAAUCACUCUCUAUCGCUACCACGAGCUCGUCUGAAUACGUGGACCUCACCCAUUUCUUCGAGACCCUGGAAGGCGAGUCCUACCUGCACCAUUUCUCGCUCUCUAUCCCUUCCGGUAACUACCACUUGUCGAAUCCUCUUGCCCUGGGGAGAUUCUUGCGCAGACACAGGAACACACUGCGAUCCUUGGCAUUGCGCUCUCCAAUUGCCGACAUCACCCAGCGGACCCCCGCUCAAUGGCCUGUCGAGGCUAUCAAAGGCGUCAAGUUCCCUGAGCUCAUGACCUUGCAUCUGGCACUGGGAGGGAACUCGGAGCGCCUCGACGAUGUUAUCCACGUUCUCUACAGUUGCCCCACGACUCUCCAUACCUUGCUCUUAGAAAACAGGGUCCUGCCCAGUCAGGACGUCGAAUAUCUUAUUUCCGCUCUUGACCACCCUGCACCUGGUGGCGGAGUAAAGCGGUUGAGAGUCACGGUCAAAACGUUGAACGAUACAUUCCUUGACGCUCUUUUCCAUCGACUACCACAACUUGAAGAUGUGGAAAUUGUCUUCAAGCGCUUGGCCGGUCAACCGGGGGACCCUUUUAGUGAUUUGUUACAGCAUUUGAAAGGGAGAAUAUAUGUCGCUUCUCAAGUAAAGCGCCUACAGCUGGAGGUUGUUCAAUCCCCAGUCCCUGUCCUCCUGCCUAACUUCGCAAAGAACCUGCUGUACGCUGCGUUUUAUAGCUCUCUCCCUCUUCUAAAGGACUUCGUGUCCCACACGCUCCCUUAG